CUUUUACAGUUACUUUUACCCCGCAUUUUUUUUUUAAAAUAAAAACACAUUUAUUUGAACCCUCGUGUCCGUGUCGGUGUUAAAACGCUGCCUUGCUCACGGGUCCUCGUCACGCGCCGCCCAGCACGCGCUCGUGUGCGCGGUGCGGCGCGGCUCCCGCGUGGAUCACCGGGGAGUUUCCGCGCCCUCCCUUUCAGCCGAGCGCGCGGAGGCGCCGCGCACACCGGACUGCGGAGCCACGCGGACAGGAGCGGACCGGGACACUCCGUCACCUGAACGCUGACUGGAUUAGGUUCGGAACCUGCGCGUGCAGGCGGGUCAGCAUGGCGUCCCCGGUGACCUGCGCGUGCCUCCUCCUGCCUGUUGCUCUUCUGAUGCUGGGUCCGUGCACCGUUAAUGCGUCUUCACCCAGAAGGUGUCACUUCAUCUAUAAAGGUUUCGCUCAGUGUCUGAUGGCUCUGGGUGACAGUCUGACGGACAGCGCCCGCAAAGACGAGGACACGCACGAGAUACACUCCAUCUGCAGGUCCUGGGAUGAGUUCCAUGAUUGCGCCAACGUGGCCAUGGCCGGCUGUCCGGACGAAGCGGCGGCUGUCUGGGAGUCCCUCCGCCAGGAGUCCAAGAAAAUGCAGUUCUCCGGAAACCUGUAUGACAUGUGUUCUAACCGCGACAGAUAUGCCAUAGCCGCGGCCUCCCCGCACGACUCGCCCAACCAGCAAGACGUUAACCAGGAGUCUCUACGAGGGAGUGCCACUAAGCCACCGAGCUGUGCCCGCCUCCUGGUGCUGCUUCCUCCACUGCUGCUGCUGCUCGGGUUGUAAUUACUGCCAAGACCUGGGACUACUGUCAACAGACGGGAACUUUGUGUAUUUUUACAAGUCCACACAGACUUUUCCGGUUCCCCUCUGCUCUUCCGGGGUCAAAUACUUCUGACUGCAUGCUCAGAGACCCGACAGUCCUUUUGAUAAGAUUUCCUUAAACUGUUUGUGCUGUUUCUUGCUUCUGCUCUGCCUUUGAAUUAAUCUGUCUGUUGGACACUGAAAACACACACACACACAGAACCACAUGGUGGCUAAAAGUCAUCCGUUUUCAUCUCCGUGCAUCUCAUUAGUCUGAGGGAGUCUGCAGAGUCCGCCUUCGCGGAGCAAUGAAAAUGGGAAUAUUAACAAAUUCCUACUUAAUAAACCUGAAAACAUGGUGAAGAGGACAAAUGCCAACAGCUAAACUGCCCUUUGUGCAGAUUUAAUUUACGUUGGUUGCUGCCUAACAGAUAAAAGUCCAACAAACCUCUGCAGUCUGACUUUUGUCAGAUGUUUGACCUUAAAGGCUUCCAGUGACUUCCUGAAAUCAGUUUGCAUGUGGUGAACUUGUAGAGAGAUGACCUCGGCUGUAGCGAUCGUGUGUCUGGGAUUUUUGGGGGUGAGGGACAUUUGGAAGAUCUUGUAGAAUCAUGAUGUCACUGGACAGAGGUGUUUCUUGAUGUUCAUACCUUUGCAGGAGAUCAAAGGUCCAAGUCUUUGGGUCCUCUCAAUUCCAGACUUACAGUAUGGUUGUGAGACUUGGACGGGAAUCAGUGAGCUGAACGGAUGGUCUUUGGUACGAGGUCUCUUCAAAGGAGCCUUGGAUGUCACCUGGCUGUGACAGAUUGAUGGAUACUGUCAGGAGUAUGGAUCACGGUCGUCAUUCAACACCCGGUGUAGUUCUUCAGUGUGGUAGUUCAGGCCACCAGUGCAUGCAC